AAAGGCCAGGCUUGGUAGCACGGAGUACAGCCAUCAUUUAGAGUGAAUGUGAGUGAGAAAGAAAGGCAGAGGCUUACUGUUGUCUACUACCAAAGUAGGUUCGGUAGUGCGUGUGUGGUAUUUUGAUGAUAGUUGUUAGGUAGAUACAAAAUAUAUAUUCUAUUUAUCAUUUGCAUUCGAGUGGGAAAACGGUUUGAAUGAUUAACCACCACAGUCGCAAGAUUUCUUUUCUGUCUGUUGAAUGUUCAAACAAUUUAUUAAUUAUUCCAUCCAUAUCUACCAGAAUCUCUCAUCACCGCCCUUUGUCUCUGCAAAUCCAGGUUGAAAGUAAAAGAGAAACCCUUCACUGGACUGAAGAAAGAAUUGUCAACGAAUCAGCUGUGAAGUGUCUUUCCCUCUAAUCAGAUACUUAAAUUGGUUGCUGUAAUCUCUUUUUGUCUACUAAGUUUGUGAUUAGACAACAUAAAAAAAAAACAACAACCUCAAACGAAGAACAUCACUCAAACCAAGCCAAAAAUCCAUCUAUAUUUCACUCACAUUUAUUAUUUAUUUUGUGUUAUUUCUGUUGUCUAAUUUUUGCUUGCGAUGAACAAACCCCUCGAGUUACACUCUAUGAAGAAAGAACCAUUAGUUCCAGCCAAAAUUACCUUGACACUCCAAGACAAACUUGUUCAUAAAGCUGGUCAGAUCCUUGGUAGUGGUCGAGGAUCGAAGAAAGAACGAACACCAGCUAUUGUUUCUUCUGUGAUUGAAUCUGAUUUUGAACGGGACGAGUACGUCUCGCACGCCGAUGCACACAUUCCAGGUAUGAAUAGCUACGGAGAAUUUGAUGAUGUCCAGGAUUUCCAUCAAUGCAAAAAUCUUGAGAAUCGACUAGAACAACUCAUCUAUGUGGGUAGACAGCGUUACCUCAACUGCGAGUUACUAGUACCACGAGGUCUCCUCUUCCGAAUUGCACAGGAUGUACUGCGCAUGUCCCGCAGUGAACCGUGCGGAAUUCGAGGCUGUAUUAUGUUUAUCAGCAUUGAACAGAAAUCCUGCUGCCAGAAGAUCAAUAAAUUAGUCUAUGACCCUGACUGCACUCCGACCUUUGAACUUUACCUCACACUUCGAGAAGAAACCAAAGCUUGGGCGAUCAUGAAGAAAUUUCUUUUCCAGUCAGUAUCAGUGAUAUUUGGGAACUCCACUAACGUUCUGCCGACAUUCUUGUGUUCGGGUUUUCAGUUGGAGAAGAAGAAACUCUAUCGACCCAACCCCAAUCGAACAGAUUCCAAUAAUUCCAAAUCGUCUCAUGAUCACUAACGAGUUGUUAUAUAUUCAGUUGUCACAAGAACUUUUCAUCAUAAUUAUUUAUUGAUUUAUUAUCAUUAUUACUAUUAUUAUAAUUAUUAUUAUUAUAAGCAAGGCUGCAAGCUGGCAGAAUUGUAAGUGCAUCAAACAAAAAGCUUAGUGGCAUUUCUUCCUGCUCUUUAUAUUCUGAGUUCAAAUUCUGCUGAGGUUCACUUUACCUGUCACCCUUUCUGGGAUGAUAAAAUAAGAACCAGUUGAGCACUGGGGUUGAUGUGAUCAACUAAUCCCCCUCCUGCUAAAAAACAAAAAAAUUGUUGGCCUUAUGCCAAAAUUUCAAACCAUUAUUAUUAUAAAUUUUUUUUUUCACUUGGCUUCGUGUGGAGACUGGUGUGUUUACCAAUUUAAUUCCAACUCUAAUAUACUCUCCAUCCUGUAAAGUUGGAUACCCACCUUUUCCUCACUCCACAACUGUUGCUAUAUUUAUUAUUAACAAAUUUUUUUUCAUUUGUAAUGGUUGAAAAAUGAGGAUUAAAAAAACAAACAAAAAUAAGCAAAACAAAAAACAUGUAUUAAAAAAAAAGUUUCUGACCAUUUCCGACUUUGAAUGUCUGUUAGUAUGCUUCUUUCUGCAUGAAAUAUAUUUGUUUUACUGAUUCCAGUUUCAAAAGAAAACAAAAAAGUAUUAAAUCAUAAAAAGAAACAUUUUAGAUUUGUCUACUUCUAAAUUUAGGCUGCUUGUAAAAAAAAAAAAACAGAAAAAAAAAAUACAAAAA